GCAAAGCUGUGCUUGCGGUCAGGGCGGAGAGAAAAAGCCCUUCAACUGUUGUAUGAAGCCCAGAAAAUAUUCCCCAGCACCCGGGCCAGAGCCUGAAUAAGAAGAGAGCGAGAUCCACUGCUCUCACUUCUAUGGCAUCAGUUUUGUCUAUUGACAUGCACCUGUGCCACUCCUCUUCAGACACCUCACUCAACGCAGCGAUGAUGUGCACAAUAUCCUUCCUCUCUUUCCUGUACCCUUCCACUUCUGCUGUGUGGAAUAUAUGAAUAGAGUUAUAGAUAGCUAAGCUUGGGUGCCUCUCCGUCACAGCCUGCAGCUUAAUGGCAUAUUCUCUCAUGGCAGCUUUGAAGAGCUCUGCACACCCAUCUCUCUCUUGCUCUGGAAGUUCCUCCAGCUGAGUGGUGGUGUGGUGGUGCCACUCAUCUGCCGCUGCCAUACUCUGAGGUGCUGUAGCUUGUUGCUGAUGGGUCUGUUUCUCAAAUUUUUUAAGGACCACUAGCUCCAGACUGUGUUCAACGAUGAACACAGCCUGGUCCUUCAGCGAGUAUUAUUGGUUCACCAACAACUCCUUCAGAUCCUAGACACACUUGGCAGGUGUUUCAAAGGUGUCCAGUAACUACGAGAGGACAUCCAUGUGCUCUGCCAGCCACUCCACAGCACUGACCCACGAGCACCACCUGGUCUGUACUGCGUAGAUUGGCAUCACGGGAGUGAAGUCCUUUGCCAGCAUGAAUGCUCUGAGCUGCUUGGACACUGUUGUAAUGUUAACUUUGUACAAAAACAAGGCCAGAAACUACACUUUUGGUCCACCAGUCACUGUGGAAGGUAGAUUUCAAAAAAUCUACCUGACACUCAGAUUUGUUUCUUACCAGCCAAAAUAUUUUUGGGGGCCAAAAACAAAAAAGGAUGAGCAUGCUUUUGUAAUGGUUCUAAAAUAAUAUAUGUUACUAAGAAGGAAUGUGAUAUAUUGCUUCAUUUUUUUGUGACCACAUAGCAUCUUGGGGGUGACAACAACAGAAAGCCCAUUAAUUUUCAUUGAAGGAAAGCAAAGUGGGAGGGGGACCUUUGGGUGAUGCGAGCAUGGGUGAGGGACGUGAACAGGGCGGGACCAAAAUUGGGGGAGAUGAACUUUAAGCAAAUACUUUGAGACAUCGCGUCAUUAUUGACCAGUUAAAGCUCCGUCCAGUUUAGUUUCCAGCCCCUACUGGAUUGGCUAUUGAUACCUAGCCAGCUUGCUAGCACCAACAAGAGGGCGAAGCAAGCUUUGCUAUCCGAAUUUACGUGUUAAAAGUAUCUCUGCCGUGAGAUUGAGCGAGCCUGACUAGUAUACGCAUAGUCUUCUCUUUAACAGUUGAAACUCAAACAUUUAAAAACAACCUAACUUGUGAACAAAACAAUGUAAAUAUCCAAGAAACACAAGGACAAAGUCUCACUUCAGUAGACUUUAAUUUCAAGUCAGUUAGACCAACUUUUAUGCCUGUGCCAGCUCUUCUAAAAAUUAAUCUUUCACUCAGCAGUGUUGCUGCGCGAGGUGGGAUAGGUUAUAAGAUUUGUAGUUUGACUUUAUGCGAUUCAUUUACCAGCUUUGAAACAAAACGGUUGAAAUGCUUUGUAAACAGCUACUGCAGAAUUUAUUUAGCUAUAAAUUAGAUCAUACAGCGAGUAUUCAUACCUCUUGACUUAUUCCAAAUGUUUUUGUUACAGCCUGAAUUAAAAAUGUACACAUUUUUUCCCUCAUCCAUCUACACACAAUACUCCAUAAUGACAGUAAAAACAUCUUUUUAGAAUGUUUUUGAAAAUGAAAUACAGAAAUAUCUAGUUUACAUAAGUAUUCACACUCCUGAGUCAAUGCAUGUUAGAAUCAGCUUUGGCAGCAAGUACAGAUGUGAGUAUUUCUGGUUAUGUUAUUUUCAAGCUGAUUUAAGUCAACUGUAACUAGGCCACUCAGGAACAUUCAAUGUUGUCUUGGUAAGCAACUACAGUGUAUAUUUGGCCUUGUGUUUUAGGUUAUUAACCUGCUGAAAGGUGAAUUUGUCUUCCAGUGUCAAUUGGAAAACAGACUGAACCAGGUUUUCCUCUAGGAUUUUGCCUGUGCUUAGCUCUAUUUCGUUUAUCUGAAAGUCCUUGCCGAUGACAAGCAUACCCAUAACAUGAUGCAGCCACCACCAUGCUUGAAAAUAUGAAGUGGUACUCAGUGACGUGUUGGAUUUGCCCCAAACAUAACGCUUUGUGUUCAGAACGUAACUUUAUUUCUUUGCCACAUUUUUAGCAGUUUUACUUUAGUACCUUAUUGCAAACAGGAUAUAUUUUUUUUAUUUUGUACAGGCUUCCUUUUCACUCUGUAGGUUAGUGUUGUGGAAUAACUACAAUGUUGUUGAUUUAUCCUCAAUUUUCUCCUAUCAAAGCCAUUAAACUCUCUAAUUGAUUAAAAAUCCCUGAGUGGUUUCCUUCCUCUCCGGCAACUGAGUUAGGAAGGAUGACUAUCUUUGUAGUGACUGGGUGUAUUGAUAUACCAUCCAAAGUGUAAUGAAUAAUUUCACCAUGCUCAAAGGGAUAUUAUGUCUGUUUUUUAUUUUUUUACUCAUCUAUCAAUAGGUGACCAUCUUUGCAAGUCAUUGGAAAACCUCCCUGCUCUUUGGUUGAAUCUGUGUUUGAAAUUCACUGCUCGACUGAGGGAUCUGUAUGUAUGGGGUACAGAGAGAGAUUAGGUAGUCAUUCAAAAAUCAUGUUAAACACUAUUGCACAGUGAGGGCAUGCAAUAAAAAAAACGAUUAAUUUGUAAACAUUUCGAAAAACAUAAUCCUCUUAUGGGGUUUUGUGUUACAUCCUGAAUUUAAAAUGGAUUCAAUUGAGAUUGUGUCACUGGCCUAAACACAACUAAAUGUGGAAAAAGUCAAGAUGUAAAUCACUUCUAAAGGCACUUGGUACUUGACUAUUUUUAUUCACAAAUACUACCACUGUGAAUCCCUGACCACCUGCCAAUGUGGCUGGUGAAAUGAACGUCUUACCCGCCAAUGCCAAAAUUUUAAGGCCUGUCCAAAAAGGUAAAGUCUGCCAUUAUGGGUCUCUCACCCACUGGCUGAAGUAGAAUGUUUAGGGCACACCUCCCACAUGUGUCGGUGGUCUCUUCCAAGAUCACGUAGAGAUCCUUGCCCUUCACGCAAUCUUUGAUGUAGUGCGGGUAAAGCUCAGGUAGGUAUACUGGAUGUAGUGUGGGUAAAGGUCAGGUAGGUAUACUGGAUGUAGUGCGGGUAAAACUCAGGUAGGUAUGCUGGAUGUAGUGUGGGUAAAGGUCAGGUAGGUAUACUGGAUGUAGUGCGGGUAAAGCUCAGGUAGGUAUACUGGAUGUAGUGUGGGUAAAGGUCAAGUAGGUAUGCUGGAUGUAGUGUGGGUAAAGGUCAGGUAGGUAUACUGGAUGUAGUGUGGGUAAAGGUCAGGUAGGUAUACUGGAUGUAGUGUGGGUAAAGGUCGGGUAGGUAUACUGGAUGUAGUGUGGGUAAAGGUCAGGUAGGUAUACUGGAUGUAGUGUGGGUAAAGGUCAGGUAGGUAUACUGGAUGUAGUGCGGGUAAAGGUCAGGUAGGUAUUCAGUGCAAAGAUAGGAUGCUGCAGGAACACUCCCUCCUUGCUUUGAGUGUUUGUUUAGAAAUGUGGAGAACUUUGGUGCCUCGAUCAGUGUUUUCACAAAGUCCAGGACCAACUCCUUCCUCUCUGACGUAUUGUUUUAGCCAAACACUCUUCCAGAGUCUGAAUUCUUGAUUGACCAGUAGGAUAACAAUAAAAACAUGGUUAAUAUAAAUGAAAAACCAACCAACUUUAAAUUAUCUGGUUUUGGCCAAACUAACUUCUGUCCCGCUCUCAUGCAGAUACAGUGCAUUUGGAAAGUAUUCAGACCCCUUGACUUUUUCCACAUUUUGUUACGUUUACAGCCUUAUUCUAAAAUGUAUUAAAUGUUUUUCACCUCAAUUUACACACUACCCCAUAAUGACAAAGCGAAAACAGGUUUUUAGACAUUUUUGCAAAUGUAUGCCAAAUAAAAAUCAGAACCUAUGUAAAUAGGGUUUCAGAACCUUUGCUAUGAGACUUGAAAUUGAGCUCAGGAGCAUCCUGUUUUCAUUUGAUCAUUCUUAAGAUGUUUCUACAACAUGAUUGGAGUCCACCUGUGGUCAAUUCAAUUGAUAGUACAUGAUUUGAAAAAUCCUACACCUGUCUAUAUGCAGUAAUGUCCCACCGUUGACAGUGCAUGUUAGAGCAAAAACCAAGUCAUGAGGUCGAAGGAAUUGUCCGUAGAGCACCGAGACAGGGUUGUGUCUCGGCACAGAUCUGGGGAAGGGUACCAAAACAUUUCUGCAGUAUUGAAGGUCCCCAAGAACACAGUGGCCUCCAUCAUUCUUAAGUGGAAGAAGUUUGGAACUAUCCAGACUCUUCCUAGAGCUGGCCGCCUGGCCAAACUGACAAAUUGGGGGAGAAGGGCCUUGGUCAGGAAGGUGACCAAGAACCCGAUGGUCACUCUGGCAGAGCUCCAGAGUACCUCUGUGGAGAUGGGAGAAUCUUCCAGAAGGACAACCAUCUCUGCAGUAUUCCACCAAUCAGGCCUUUAUGGUAGAGUGGCCAGACGGAAGUCACUCCUCAGUAAACGGCACAUGACAGCUCUCUUGGAGUUUGCCAAAAGGCACCUAAAGGACUCUGACCAUGAGAAACAAGAUUCUCUGGUCUAAUGACUCAAAUGGAACUCCUUGGCCUGAAUCCCAAGUGUCACGUCUGUAGGAAAUCUGGCACCAUCGCUACGGUGAAGCACGGUGGUGCCAGCAUCAUGCUGUAGGGAUGUUUUUCAGGGACUGGGAGACAAGUCAGAAUCGAGGGAAAGAUGAACGAAGCAAAGUACAGAUCCUUGAUGACAACCUGCUCAGGACCUCAGACUGGGGCGAAGGGUCACCUUCCAAAAGGACAACGACCCUAAGCACACAGCCAAGACAACACAGGAGUGGUUUCGGGACAAGUCUCAAUGUCCUUGAGUGGCCCAGCCAGAGCCUGGACUUGAACCCGAUCGAACAUCUCUGGAGAGACCUAAAAACAGCUGUGCAGCGACUUUCCCCAUCCAACCUGACAGAGCUUGAGAGGAUCUGCAGAGAAGAAUGGGAGAAACCCCCCAAAUACUGGUGUACCAAGCUUGUAGCGUCAUACCCAAGAAGACUCAAGUCUGUAAUCACUGCCAAAGUGUUGAUUGAUGCUAUAGUGAGGAAUGGGAGCUCUGCUGCUCCAGAGGAACCCCACAUACCCCCACCACGUGGCUUCCGAUCAAAUGAAGAGGACUGGGAUGGAGAGGAGGCACGCAGAGGAGCCAGUGAGGAGAAGCAGACCUACACAGAGGAUCAGCGUCAGGGUGUUUUCAGGAUAAAGAAAUGCAAGGACUUCUAUGAGAUCCUGGGCGUUCCUAAAGACGCUAGUGAUGAAGAUCUGAAGAAGGCAUACAGGAAGCUGGCACUGAAGUUCCACCCUGAUAAGAAUUGUGCCCCGGGAGCCACAGAUGCAUUUAAAGCCAUAGGCAAUGCGUAUGCGGUGCUCAGCAACGCUGAGAAGCGUCAUCAGUAUGACCAGUAUGGAGAACAGGCUCCGUCUGAGAGCACCGCCCACGCUCGCCACGGACACUACCGCAACUUCAACAGGGACUUUGAGGCCGAUAUCUCCCCUGAGGAACUCUUCAACAUCUUCUUUGGAGGAAGGUUUCCCACAGGCAACAUCCAUGUGUACACCAACAGAGGAGCCACCUACUCUAACUUCUAUCAGCCUCGUCGGCGACGUGCAUAUGAGAGGCGCGAGGAGGAGGUGGGGGAGAACCGCAGUCAGCAGAACACCUUCACAGCCUUCCUGCAGCUUCUUCCUGUUCUGGUGCUAAUCCUCAUAUCUGUUGUGACCCAACUGAUGGCCACCAACCCUCCUUACGGUCUCUUUUACAAACCGGCCAUGGGCCUGGUGGUCUCCCGGGAGACCCAGAACAUGGGUGUUCCCUACUACGUGGACAAGGGUUUCCAGAAGGAGUACCGUGGGGAGUCCCUGGAAGAGCUGGAGAAGACCAUAGAGAGUGACUACAUCGAACACCUGCAGAGCAGCUGCUGGAAGGAGAAACAGCAGAAGUCGGAUUUGGCGAAUCUUGCACAACUGUACCGUGAUGACAGACUGAAGGCGAAGGCUGAGUCUCUGAAGCUGGACAACUGUGACAAGCUGUACCGCUUUGUGGGCCAACAAAGAGGAGAAUGAGGGGCUUAGACAGGAGAGGGAGGCAUCUCUUUCCAGCUGGGAAUUCUACACUUUACUCAUUUAAUAUUGUUUAUUUAUUUUAUUUAUUAAAUCGGGUCACUUUUUUGAAGAACAUCUCUUGUCUGGAUAGAGCACAGUGGUAGCCAAAGCCCUUUGAUCUGAAACAUUGUGCCGCCUUUCCUCUCAGAUGGAAGAAAGUGGAGGUGCAUGUACUAUGAAUUGCCCACCGUGGCUCUGUGGAUAACAACAUAAAACCCAGUCUGGCUGGCUCUGGGAUUGUUUUAUUGAUGUACAGGAGCCUUGUUACUGCUUCCUUACAUUAAGGAAUAUAGGCUUGCUUACAACGUUUGAGAAAAUGGUUGUCUGUUCACACCUACACUUUGUUAGUCACCUGUUUGAAACAUGUUUAGCAUUGCUGCUGGGUUACUAAUUUAUUUCCAUGUUUGUUUCUGUGGCGUGAGUUUAAUGGAGUAUAUUGUGUAGGUCUUGGAAAGAACAUAGCAAGAGCAGUGAGUCACUUUUUAAUUGGAAAAACAUUUUUAAUUGUGAAGAAAGAAUGCAAGGACCUGAAAACCACUAACUUCUAGAAUAGGUUUUCAGAGACUGAGGCAAACGAGAGCUUCUAUUUGAAAAGACAGAUCUAUAUGGUCUUAAACUGUGAAGAAAAUGUAGAUUUAUCAUGCCUGUUAGAGUAUAUAGCUCUGGCCUUACUUUCUCUAUCUCUACAACAUUAGAUUCACUUAAAACCGAAAUCUGCAGUUAGAUUGUAUGUGAAAUACAUUGAUACUUUUAAUUUUAUUUUGCUGUGCUCUAAGACUUUGCCAAACGGCGUUGCCAUAGUUGUACUUGUCCAUUAUUUGGUCCUUCUGGUUCAUUCUGAAGCACUUGCUGCCGUUUUAUUUGGAACCUGCUGUCCUAGUCUCUAUUCCCCAAUGCAUGCAGCCCCAUGUUCUGCCCUCCUUUUAUUUUUUUAUUCAUGUCCUUGUUACACAUCAGGUGCUCAGUCAAUAGCUGCUGCAGCACACCUCUGUAAAGGACUAAGACAAAUCCACUCAUCCUGCCCAUUCAUUUAAUCAACUGUUACAUUCAUUUCAUCAACUGUUACUUUACUAAGAGCUUUCAAACAUUUCUCCAAAUGAACAUUUGUUCAGUAAUCUUUUAAUGCUUGACCUUCCUUUAGUCAGAUCAUAAAUCCAGCAGACGAAGGGCUAACAGCCACACUAGUGGCAGACAGACAGGAAGCGGUUGGGGCAGUAAUGGAUUACAGAUUAGACCCGAUGCUAACUAGAUCCCCAGUUGUCUCUUGGCUGAACUCUGGUGUCCAGUUGAUUUGUGCUGUUAGAGCAGGUUUAUUAAAAAGUUAAACAAUC